CACGAGAUGGCCGAAAUGAAACACUUCAAGGGCGAGUGGCACAAGCGGCAGCAGGCCACGAUGAAGGACUGGCACGAAAGCGUCGAGGCGGAGCGGGAGCGCUGGAAGCAGAAGGAGGCGGCCCUGGAGCAGAAGCGUGCCCAGAAGCGUCGCGAGGCGCAGGUUCUGCUGAAGGUCCAGGCGAUGGGCGCCGCGAGGGCGCACCUGCAGGCCCUGGUGCCGCGCGCGGUCAGCGACCUGCGCGAGGUGGCGUUUCCCGACGACAAGGGCAUGGCCAUCACCCGCCUCUUCUUGCCCGAGCUCCUGGGCCAGGUCCAGGAGCAGGUGCGCGCACGCGCGGCGGCCGAGAGCCACGCGGCGAAGGCGGCGGCCGCCGCCGUCGAGGCGCAGCGCGCCGCCCGCGCUGCGGCGGUGCGUGCGCGCGAGGGCGCACGGCGCGCCGAGGCGCUGCGCCGCUUCGAGGAGGCGCAGAUCAGGCGCGGCAGGAUCAAGAUCAGCAUCGACGACGGCCAGGGCGGGAGCGUGCUCGUCGGACCAGUGCAGAUCAGCGAGCGGGACGAGGUGGCCGACAUCGAGGCGCGCGUCCACGAGUGGAUCCAGGCGAACCAGGCGGAGCUCGCCUCCCGGGUCCCCCACGGCGUGCUGGUGCAGGUGGCGGGCGAGCCCGCGGAGUCGGCCGCGGCGCUCUUCGACGCGAGGGCGGGGCAGAUCUCGAUGGUGGCCAGGCCGGAGCCGCCGGCCGAGCCCCAGGAGCCCCCAGAGGGAGAAGAAGGCGAGGGCGCCGGCGCAGAGGCGGAGGGCGAGGAGGAGGAGGAGUAGGGCGCCCGCUCCUCACAACGGAGUCUUCGGGAAGGCCGGCAGCGCCGAGCUGCCGCGAGCCGCCGGGAAGAUCCCGGCCGCGGGCCAUGACAUCGCACGAACGUGCGCGAGGCUGGCUUCUGGGUCGGCGGACUUUCGGAGGGCGUCUCACCCUUGCCGCCGACGUUUGUCGGCAGUGCUGCUCCGCUCUCCCUCCGUGCCCCCUGCCCUGCUGCUGGGGG